UAUAUAUAUAUAUAUAUAUAUAUAUAACAUAUAUAGAUAACAAUUUAUUACUAACAAUCGAAGAAGAAAUUGUGUGAUAAGUUCUAGCGUGACCAUGAAGGCAUUAUUGCCACGAUUUCAAUCUUUUAAAUUUCGAAUCUGUGAUAAAAAGAACAAUAAUAAGUCAGAAUUUUUUAAAAUCAUUCUCUUCAUAUUUUUGUAAUUUUGGUUAAAGAAAAUUAUUAUCACAAUUUCCUAUAUAAAGUACAUAUAUAUGUAUGAAGUAUGAUAUUGAUAAACGUUGGAAAGAAUUAAUAAGAAGAAGUACAUAUUAUAUCACAAUUGCAGAUCUGAUUGUGGGAAAAUAUAUUUGCAAUAAUCUGUUUGAAACAAUAAAACCAUAAAAGAUGUCAGACGUAAAAGAUGAUAUAAAAAUGACAAAUGUAAAAACGUUAAUAAAUAUUCUAACUUUAAAUUGUUGGGGGAUACCAUAUGUUUCACAAAAUAGGAAUGUUCGUAUGACAGCAAUUGCAGAAAAAUUUGCUACAGAAAAUUAUGAUAUCAUUUGUCUACAAGAGGUAUGGUCUGUUAAAGAUUUCAAAAUGAUAAGAGCUAAGACAGAAGAACAGUUACCUUACUCACAUUAUUUUUACAGUGGAGUUCUUGGAUCUGGAAUUUGUAUCUUAUCUAGAUUUCCUAUUAAAGAUGUAAUAUUUCAUAAAUGGCCUUUAAAUGGAUAUGUACAUAAAAUACACCAUGGAGAUUGGUUUGGUGGAAAAGGUGUUGGACUCUGUAGACUUCAAAUUCAUAAUAUGAACAUUAAUGUUUAUAUUGCACAUUUACAUGCAGAAUACAAUAAUCACAGUAAUGAAUACACAGCGCAUAGAGUUCUACAAGCUUUUGAUACUGCCCAAUUUAUUAGAAUGACUUCUGGUGGAGCUGAUUCUGUAAUAUUAGGAGGUGACCUUAAUGCAGAACCUCAAGAUUUAGCUUAUAAAAUCAUUUGUGGCGUUGCUGGUUUGGCAGAUGCUUGCUCAAAUAUUUCAAGUAAUUUAGGGACCAAUGAGUGUGCCAAUAAUAGUUAUACUAGUUCAAAACUUGCAAGAACUUGUCCUGAGGGGAAACGUAUAGAUCAUAUUUUAUAUCAAGGUUCAAAGAAUGUUAAGAUAGAGGUGACAAAUUUUCAACAUCCAUUUCCAAAACGGAUACCUUACAAAGACUUUAGUUAUUCUGAUCAUGAGGCUAUUAUGGCAACUUUUAAAUUUAUUCCUGGUGAAUUUCAAACUAUAAAUGUAGAUGUCAAAGAUUCAAUAAAGGAAGCCAUAAGUAUAUGUGAAACGUCAUUGAAAACAGUUCGUCGGCGGCGAUUUUGGUAUCUAUUGGUAGGCUGUAUAUUAAUUAUACCACUUGUUUGGUCUAUGGGGUUAGACUGUUCCUUUACAUCUCUCGAUGUAACUAUUGGACUUAAUGUAAUACGUAUUUUUUUAACAGCAAUAUUAUGUUAUAUUUUGUUCAUGAGUUCUUUAUGGAAUAGCGUAGAAACAAAUGCUUUAAAAGCAGGAUGUUUAGGAAUGGAAAUUUAUUUGGCAAAUUUAAAUAAUAAUUUAUGUAAAAAAUAAGUUUGUGUACAUUUUACAAGAACAUAGUUCAAAAUUUGAACUUCCUUUUUAAAUUAUUCCAUAAUUUUUCAAAUCAAAAGAAUCAAAUAGUAUCAUUUUUAAUAAGAGUAUAUUUUCUUACUAAAAAAGUGUAAUUCUUAAUGAAUUAUAGCAUUUACAUACAUUAAUAUACUCAGUAUUAUAUUAUUAUGCGACAAUAAUCAAAUUAAAGCAUAAAAACAUAUAAAA